ACGCACUUUUCGGGUAGUACGCCUGGAAUUUCAAAAUGGCGUUCAAACGGCGGUUCGUCGUUGAAGGCUCAGCUGCUCAGUAACGUCGGUGCCGCCAACGCGACAACAUGUACCGCUGAUUUCCGUCAUCAGCAACAUUGCUCCAGGACACAGGGAUGGGGAAUUCUGUGUCGGCUGCCCACAGCACGGCAACAUCUCUCACCAGCAUGGCAGUUGGUGGUGGUGGCGGCGGCAGCAGUAGUGUUACAUUUAGUGCCUCAGAACUGCCCCAAAAUCAUCCUACCUUAGAAAAGCAAUGCCAUGAUGCUCUUCCAACUGCCUGCCCUAUGCACAACAAGAUUACCGAGGCCACCAAAGAAACUUCAGAAAAACACGAUAGAGGAAGUAUGGAACCAUCGGCUGCACAAGCCCACUACAUUCCCCCUGGAACACUCAUACCUUCAGAAUGUCCUAUGCACCAAGCAAAUAAAGAACAAUCACCACAGGCAUUCCCCUCUGAAUGUCCAAUGAGCGCAGGUGAAGGUAAAGAUUGGCCCAAACAUCAGGAAGGUGUACACUUUGGAAAGGAAUAUGCUGGGAAGUAUGUGGGCAUCAACCCACUCAACAUGGAAGGCUAUCCUAACCAAAAACCUUCUCCAGACCAACCAUUUGAGCUGCCAACUGAAAGGCAGGUUUCAACAAUACCCAAAGCUGGUUCAGAAAAUGAGAAUUGGGUGUAUCCGUCUCCACAGAUGUUUUGGAAUGCCAUGCUGAAAAAGGGCUGGAGAUGGAAAGAUGAUGACCUCUCUCAGAAAGACAUGGAUAGCAUCAUCCGUAUCCAUAAUGUCAAUAAUGAGUUGGCAUGGCAAGAGGUGUUGAAGUGGGAAUCGCUCCACAAGAAAGAGUGUGGGAAUCCUAAACUGAAACGAUUUGGUGGAAAGGCAUCAGAUUAUUCUCCAAGGGCACGCAUCAGAAGCUGGAUGGGGUACGAAUUGCCUUUUGACCGUCAUGAUUGGAUUGUUGAUCGGUGUGGUAAGGAUGUGCGAUAUAUUAUUGACUACUAUGAUGGUGGAGCAGUUAAUCCCAAUGACUACAAAUUUGCCAUCUUAGAUGUUCGACCCGCUAUGGACUCGUUUGAAAAUAUCUGGGACAGAAUGGUGGUUGCAUGGUGGCGAUGGACCAGGAGUAAUGAUUAAUAUUUUUAACAAGUAAAAAUGGUGUUUUAAUAUGUAGAUAUUGUAAUUAAAUAUUUGUACUCCAUAAUCAUUUCUAGCACAGCGGUCAAUGUCCUCAGUUCAUAAUCAACAAACCUGGGUUUAAUCCCCUGGCAGGAUAGAAAAAUUUCCUUUCACUCAAUGUGUUUGUUCACCUAGUUGGCCUAGAGAUCUUGAUUAACCUAAAUAAAGGUUUCCUGUCCUCAACAACGGAGAAAAUAAAAUAUGCCGGUUACUGUAUUAUACAAAUGUUAAAAUUAGAAUAUGUACCAAUAUUUCAUGUUUUGGUACCAAUUAGGUUUUUUAUUUUUUUUUGGGUGAUUACUAACUGUAAUCAUUUACUUUGAUAAAAUACUUUUCUGACUAUGAAGAGAAGAUAAUGCUUAUUUUCCCUUAUUUGGAAAGUACUGUACUGAAAUAACUGGGAUUGCCUUCUAGAACUUUGACUGGACAAGGGCAAGAUUUUAUAAUCUCUUCAUAUAAAAAUAUUUGACCAAGAUUCCUAAUCUGUCCACUAAAAUAUCAUUCUUAAAGUAGUGUUGUUAUAACCACAAUAAGAGAAUACUUUGUCAACAUCCAUUCAACAGAUUUUGGAAAAUAAAUGAGCAAACAACCACUGUAUGCAAGUAGCACAGGCUCAAGUGUGUGUAGUUUACACAGAUGUGUUGGUGUGCUCUAAACAACUUUGUUGUUUAAUUGUAAAUCUGUACAAAACUAAGAUUAAAGAAAAUAUAAA